AAUGUUUAUAGGUCAAAAUCCAGAAAUGCAUAAGUUUAGAACACUGGUAAUAGAAAAGAGGCUGCUUUGAAAUAUGGUGAGAAAAAAAAGCCUCUGGACCAGUGGAUGAGGAAGACUGAUAGACAAUAAGGCAGUUAUCUUUGUAGGUCUUGCAGGGACAGGCUGGUGGUGCUUGGGAGGUUUCUUAAUUUUUAAGAGAGCCUGGAGCUGUAGCAUUCAAAGUGCUAUCCAGGGAAACUGCUUUGUCUUGUCUUGGAAAUUCACAAAUCUUCAGCCAACUUGUCACAUACCUCAAAAGAUUAACAUGGGCUGAUUUCUAGCCCUCAAGGUUCCCAGGCUCAACAAAUCUUCUUUGAAGCUCAGCCUGACAACAUCUGGAAUCAGAGUUCAAGAAAUGAGGGCAACUUUUUUCUUCUUGACAGACAUCACUUCCUAAGGCAAUGUCUGAAGAGCAAGUAAUGGAAGCAACACAGAUCAGUAUGUCACAAGCCUCACUAGUCAAUGGCAGCAUCACUGCUAAAAUGAAGAGAAACAAACCUCGUGUGAUGUCUAAAAGUGGUCACAGCAAUAUCAGAAUUGACAAGGUAGAUGGUAUUUACCUGCUUUAUCUUCAGGACCUGUGGACCACAGUUAUUGACAUGAAAUGGAGAUACAAACUUACAUUAUUUGCUGCUACUUUCAUCAUGACUUGGUUUCUGUUUGGAGUCAUUUACUAUGCCAUUGCAUUUCUUCAUGGAGAUCUGGAAGAGAGCAGAUACCCUCAAAAACAUGUCCCUUGUGUCAUGAAUGUAGAUUCACUAACUGGGGCAUUUCUCUUUUCUUUGGAAUCCCAAACAACCAUUGGUUAUGGCUUUCGGGUUAUCACUGAGGAAUGUCCUCAUGCUAUUUUUCUCUUGGUGGCUCAGUUAGUUCUCACUACGUUGAUUGAGAUUUUCAUUACUGGAACUUUCCUGGCCAAAAUUGCUAGACCUAAAAAAAGAGCUGAGACCAUUAAGUUCAGUCAUUGUGCUGUUAUAACCAAACACAAUGGACAGCUUUGCCUUGUAAUCCGUGUAGCAAAUAUGAGAAAGAGCCUCCUGAUUCAGUGCCAGCUAACUGGAAAGCUUCUUCAGACCUAUGAAACCAAAGAAGGAGAAAGGAUUCUGCUAAACCAAGCUAGUGUCAAAUUCCACGUGGAUUCAUCAUCAGAAAGCCCUUUCUUGAUUCUACCUCUGACUUUUUACCACAUUUUGGAUGAGAGCAGCCCUUUAAAUGACCUGACACCCCAAAAUCUAAAGGAAAAGGAUUUUGAACUCAUUAUCCUUUUGAAUGCCACAGUAGAAUCCACAAGCGCUGUAUGCCAGAGCCGAACUUCAUAUAUUCCAGAGGAGAUCUUCUGGGGUUUUGAAUUUCUGCCUGUGAUUUCUCUUUCACAGAAUGGAAAAUACGUUGCAGAUUUUAGUCAAUUUGAGCUGAUCAGAAGAAGCGUCGACUGUACAUUAUACAGUAUAGACCCUGAAAAGCAAAAAUUGGAAGAGCAAUAUAGAAAGGAAGAUCAGAGGGAGAGAGAACGCAGAACCAUGUUAUUACAACAAAGUAAUGUUUGAUGACUCAUCUAUAACAAUUUAUACUGUAUAUAACAUUUCUAUCUGAAAAUCGUUUACUCAAACACUAUGAUUUUAUCAGAAUGCAUUAUUAAUUCUUUUUCAGUCUUUGCGUAACACAUGCCACAACAAUGGGAAAUGGAGGUAUACUUUGGGAGUAUAGAAACCUGCCUUAACAUGAAGAAGACUGUUAUUAUGACUAGCAGUGGCACACCAGAAUUCCAGAUACGGAAUUUCACUAGCACUAUCUGGAACUGGAUCCAUGGCAUCUACUGACAUCUUUCUCCAGUGCUGAAAUGAAUAGAAUGGUUAGCACAUUGACAUUGUGCUGCCAAUGAGUUUGUGAUCUGCAUCACUGGUGAUGAGCUAUGCUAUUUUGUCCACUAUAACACAGGGUAGAAAGUCAGUAGAGUUAAUGGGUCUACUUCUUAACUCCUCCCUUCCUUCUUGCCAUUAGAGACCAGAUGUGGUUAGCAUGUUGAUCUUCAGAGCUAUACCAUUUUCCUGUUGGCUAGUGUUUGAUAUAUGACAAUUGAUUUUUAAUGGUUGUGCCUGAAGUUUGAUAUAUUGAACAUAUUUUUCCAGAUACAAAAGUUUGAUAUUUUGAACAUAUUUCUCCAGAUAUAAAAAUCUACAUUGGUGUUUGUUUUAAAUAUAAAUAGCAAUUUUGAAAAGUUUAUUGACAGGAAGUAUUAUGAACACUGGUACUUUGUACAGUGACAUCAUGAUAUGAUAAAGACAGUUUGUGUGAUUCUGCCAAACUUCUUUUGUGUGGAUCUUAAUUGCUAUUUUUUUAAAUUGACUUUUUUUUCCUUGUCCAAUUUAACUUUGUACAUUAUUGAUAAUGCAUAAGGUCAAAAUCAAAACGAAAAACAGAGGAAGAUCAAGCUUUGCUCUGAGUUCCCUCAUCAGCACAUUACUGAUCAAAAGCUUAAUAGGAAGUUCUCACAUUUUUAUUUGUACCCCACCCUUAUUAUUUUUAUAAGUAGAUCAAGGUGCAACCCUAUCCAAUAAACCUUCCUUCUCCUAUUGUCCGCAGAAGUCCCCCUUGUGAGGUGGGUUGGGCUGAGAGAGAGUGACUGGCCCAAAGUCACUCAGCUGGCUUUCAUAACUAAGGGAGGACUUGAAUUCACAGUUUCCCGCUUUCUAGUCUGGUGCCUUAACCAUUAGACCAAACUGGUUCUUAUAUAAACAAUGGUUUAAGGACAGUGCCUGCACACAUCCUUUUUGGGGUCAUUUUAGAUGAGCAAAAAGAACAAAAUAAAUGACUCCAUAACCUUUUUCUUGAGUACAAACUUCUUUUUGCCCAGAUAGUCUUCAAUUUACUCACCAAUGCAAGUGAUCAUAUUGGCCUACAAUAUAUAUCUCUCUCUCCCCUCCCAUACUUUGAAGGACAGAUUUAAAAACAUGUAAGGGUGGUGUUGCAGACAACAAUCAUAUAGGGGAAAUUCUAGUAACUAUAUUUUGCUUUUAUGAAGUAAUCUAUUUUAAAAAGUUGUUUAGCUUUGCUUUAGAAAACUGUUUAAUGCUCUUAAAUAAAGGAUUCUGAAAUAGUUACUGGCAAUAUUUGUUUGAACAUGUUGUCUGUGAAUGCCUGUUGUGCUAUUAAUAGGACAUGUAUAAAUGGUACUGUCAGCAAUUAGUUUUUGCAGACAACUAUGUCACAUGUCUCUAGUUACUGUCUGCUUGCAUUUUCAAAGCACCAGAAAAAUCAUUUCCCCAGUUGUAUAUUGUCCUGCUCCUGGUAAUACCACAUUUUGGCAAAUCAUCCCAAUCUCAUUGUUCCUAGAUCUAUCUGCCUUCUGACAUUCAGAUCUGCCCUUGGGCUUAUUUCAUAACCAGUUUUUCUUUUAACUUUGAACAUUAAGAUGAUAUUGACUGGCUUUGCUCUUUGAUUACUACUUUUCUGAAAAGAAAAAAAAAGUUUAUGACAGAAUUUAUAACAAAGUCGUAUUUUCUUGUGGUUAGACUAUUAUAUAGAUUCAGAGUUCAGUAUCAGUCUUAUAUAGCAGAAG